UUGUUACAUUCGUGUCUCGUUUGACUUAAUCUCUUCCAUGCCACCUCAUCCCAUCUUAGUAAUUAAUCAUUAGUUAAUUAAUUAAUCAAUCAAUGAAUGUUGUCGAAAUCGAAUCAUACUCCUCCCUCCGAUGAGCCUAACAACGUCGUCGUUUAGUGUUGACCUCAACUGAUUCCUUCCUUAUUUCUUUGUCCAAACAAACACAUUUGAGUUUGAGGCAGCGAAGUGAAGUGAAGUUAAGAUGUUUGGUUUCUCUCGAAGACGAACCAAACUAGGAAGAUUGAAGGUUCAGCAACUUUCUGAGGGUACUAGAAGUCCUAUUAUUGUAAGGCACCCCAAACGAAUUCCAAACUCCAUUCUCAAUGGAGAAGAAGAAGAAGAUGGGGAUGCAGUUGCAGGGUCAAGUGGCCAUUCUGAUGAAAAUGUUUGCUCUGAUAUCAGUAGUUCUAGCUCAGCCGGGUCAGAUAACUGGGUGUUGUUGUCAAUUUCUGGGGAUAAGCCUAUUCCUAGAUUCAAUCAUGCCGCGGCUGUCAUUGGGAAUAAGAUCAUAGUGGUUGGCGGCGAGUCUGCUACUGGACUCUUAGAUGAUGUGCAAGUGCUGAAUUUCGACACGUUUUCGUGGACCACCGCAUCGUCAAAGCUUUACUUGUCACCCAGCAGUCUUCCCCUAAAGAUUCCUGCAUGCAAGGGUCAUAGUUUGGUCUCGUGGGGGGAAAAAGUGCUCCUUGUCGGAGGGAAAACAGACCUUGGAAGUGACAAAAUUUCAGUAUGGGAAUUUGACACAAAAACAGAACACUGGUCACUCAUGGAGGCAAAGGGAGACAUACCGGUUGCUCGCAGUGGUCAUAGUGUUGUUAGGGCGAGCUCUGCUUUAAUAUUGUUUGGGGGUAAAAAUGCAAAAAGGAGGAAACUGAAUGAUCUACAUAUGUUUGACCUGAAGUCCUUAACAUGGCUUCCGCUUCACUACACUGGAGCAGCACCUUGUCCAAGAUUUAACCAUGUAGCAGCUCUUUAUGAUGAUAAAGUUCUUUACAUAUUUGGAGGAUCUUCAAAAUCCAGGACUUUAAAUGAUCUAUAUUCACUUGACUUUGAAAAGAUGGCUUGGUCAAGAGUAAAAAUACGAGGUUUCCGCCCGUCACCUAGAACUGGAUGUUGUGGCGUCUUGUGUGGUACUAAAUGGUAUAUUACAGGGGGUGGAAGCAGGAAAAAACGAUAUGGAGACACUAUGAUAUUUGAUAUUUUAAAAAAAGAAUGGUCUAUGGCAAUCGCUUCACCUCCAUCUUCUGUCACUACCAACAAGGGUUUCAGCUUGGUACUCAUGCAGCACAAGGAAAAGGACUUUCUUGUUGCAUUUGGGGGAUCCAAAAAAGAGCCAUCAAAUCAGGUGGAAGUGUUAGCAAUGGAAAAAAUUGAAUCAGCUCAGCCAGUGAGAAGACGAUCAACUCCUCGUAAAGGUCCAGCAUCUAUACUACUUGAAGAACAUUCAGCAUCCACUAGAUUGGACUCUCAACUCAAUGAUUGCUCCCAACGUUUAGUUGACUCUGUUGCUAGACAAAAUCUAACAUCUACAAUUCAACAUGGUUCUCGAAGGAAGUCUCUAUCGGAAUCCUUGGUUGUUGAUCCCAAUUGCCUCCGUUCCAAUAUCUUCUUUUGUAAUCAAUUUGAUCAUGACGAAGAAUAUAAUUACAAUACAUAUACCAAGAUGGACAAGAAUUCUAAGGAAAGCUCCUUACCUCAAGCCGCAGUCGAAACAAAUGCAAUCCAUGGUAAUCAGAUGAAUAUUGGUGAAGCAAAGAUUGACAUGGAGGAACAACAGAUGUUGGUAUCUGAAAUUUUAAAUCAACAAAACCAAAUAUCUGAAAGUAACACGCUAGAAAGUGAUAGUGAGUUAUUUCCUGAAAACAGUAAAGCCGGAUCAUUUUUUAACACAAAUAUUUAUCAUUAUUAUGAAAGUGAAGUGACUGCCUUGACAAAGAAAAAUACAAUUCUGGAGGCACAAUUGGUAGCUUCCCUUGCAAGCGAAGACACUGCAACGAAAAACUUAGAAUCUAUACUUAGAAGUAGGCAGGAAAUAGAGGAAAAACUGAGUGAUACACUGAAGGAGAUGGAAGUAAUGAGGGAGAAGCUUGCCAGCUUAGAGUUGACCCAAGAAGAGGUUAACAACCUAUCAAACGUUGUCCACUCUGACAAUGUUCGGCUUGAGCACGAUGUGGCCUUCCUCAAGGCUGUUUUAGAUGAUACGCAGAAGGAGUUGCACUCAACAAGAGGAGUUGUUGCAAGAGAAAGAGGUAGAGCAUUCCAACUACAGUGUGAAGCUUUUCAUCUCAAUCAAAGGUUGCAAUCGAUGGAAAAUCAAGCAUCUACCCCUAGGAAACCAUUUCAUGUGCAGUGAAGUAUGGAUAGUUGAAAUAGCUUCAACAAUUGGCUCUCUAAACAACAAUGCAAAAAAUUGAUUUUUGUUCAUAUUUUGAAUCUGUAAAUCUUCUUAGAAGUACUUUUGUCUACCAUUUUGUAAUUCAAGAUACUGUGUAAACAUGUUUCCCUCUCUCUCUAUGCUUCGUAUUUCUAUUGCUCGGGAUUUUUAUCA